UCAAACAGGCUCUCUCUUUCCUUAUCCAUUUAUUUAUCAACACAAUUCAAUUCUCAGCACAUCUCUCCCUACUCUCUUCCCUUCUCCUUUCUACACUCUGCAUAAUAUCUUCUCUAUUGCUUUGACUCUAUCGAUUCAUCGGCACAGACUUGUAUACAAAUAUGAUAUGAUAUAUAUGCAUAAAUAUAUACAUAUAUAUGAGAAAAUAAUAGAAAAAUGUCGUGCUUGCUGCCGCAGUUCAAGUGCCUUCCAGACAGUUUCUCCAUCCAUGCCAAGACUCACCAUCAAGCCACCACUCAACUCCCAAAAAAUAGAGAGCCUGUUUACUUCCGGACGCAAUGCAUUUUAUCCACUACAUCCCCACCAUUACCAACAGUAACAAGUACUGUGCUUGAUAUGGAGAAGCUGAAAUUACCGUAUUUAGAAGCUCAUUCAAAUCCUGUUACUGCAAACAGACCUUGGAUGUAUAUAGGGGCAACUGGUCCGCCCACAGAGGCAAACUUUGCAGCUACUUUGGCGACAGAAACUCUUCUUACAAGUGAUGAGGCUAUUAUAGCUGCUGCUGCCGCCGAAGCAGUUGCCCUAGCAAAAGCAGCAGUGAAGGUUGCGAAGGAUGCGGCCGUGAUGGUCAGCCGUAACAACUCUACAAAAUCAGAUAGCAAACCUACAACUAUCCUAUCUGAAGCUGACUCUUUCCAGUUUGGAAGGGCUGAGCUUGCAGAAAUAGCACGAGUUGGUUUAGUUGAAGAAUCCAAGGAAGCGGAAACAGAGUUUGGGGAAAACUAUUCAUUGCAGUACCCAAUUAAAGAAGCUGAUGAUUUGGAGCCAACGCAUGAAGAGCUUGAACUUCUCCAGGCACAACUCUCCAAAAGUAUUGCUGUGAGAUCAAAUCGUCAAACAGAACGAAAAGCCAAAAGAGCAAAAGCAGCAGAGAAGUCUGCAGCUAGUAUUGUGUCCGUGAAGCCUGGUUCUACAAGCCGGAGAAAGCGUGUUUCUGUACAAGACAUAGACUACUCUGAUCCGUUGCGUUACUUGAGAGGAACUACUAGUUCUUCGAAGCUUCUCACUGCUACUGAAGAACAUCAGUUGUCUGAAGGAAUACAGGGCCUAUUGAAAUUGGAAAAACUCCAAGAUGAGCUUGUUGAACGUUGCGGCGGUCAGCCCACUAUUGCACAAUGGGCUGCGGCAGCUGGUAUUGAUCAGAGAACCCUAAGGACACGUUUAAGCUAUGGUAUGCGUUGCAAAGAUAGAAUGAUAAAAAGCAACAUACGGCUUGUAAUUUCAAUUGCAAAAAAUUAUCAAGGAGUUGGGAUGAAUCUCCAAGAUCUCGUUCAGGAAGGAUGCCGAGGCCUUGUAAGAGGUGCAGAAAAGUUUGAUGCUUCGAAAGGGUUCAAGUUCUCAACCUAUGCUCACUGGUGGAUUAAACAGGCAGUUCGGAAGUCGCUUUCUGAUCAAUCCAGGACAAUUCGCUUACCAUUUCACAUGGUUGAGGCAACUUAUAGAGUGAAGGAGGCAAGAAAGCAAUUGUAUAGUGAAAAUGGAAGGCACCCUGAUAAUGAAGAAGUUGCUGAGGCGACAGGGCUCUCAAUGAAGAGGCUCACUGCUGUACUACUAACCCCUAAAGCUCCAAGAUCACUUGACCAAAAGAUCGGGAUUAACCAGAAUCUCAAACCUUCGGAAAUCAUUGCAGAUCCUGAAGCAGAAACAUCGGAAGAUUUGUUGAUCAAGCAAUUUAUGAAGCAGGACCUGCACAAGGUGCUGGAUACUCUCAAUCCUAGGGAACGACAGGUAAUCAGAUGGCGGUUUGGGAUGGAGGAUGGAAGAAUGAAGACAUUGCAAGAGAUUGGAGAGUUAAUGGGUGUGAGCAGGGAGAGAAUCAGGCAAAUCGAGUCGUGUGCAUUCCGAAAGUUGAAGAACAAGAGGAGAACCAAACAUUUGCAGCAGUACUUGAUGUCAUGAGCCUCGUCAGAUUGAAAAAUCAGAAUUUAGUUUUGCUCUAGAGCCAACAAACUUGCUCAAGGCUCGAAAGGAUGUGUUUUUAGUCCUUCCACCGUUAUUUAUUUAAUUUAUUUCAAGUAAUUGAAAUGUAUCAUUUUCAUGUAUUAGAAAAAUUUUGUGCAUAGAACCAACAAAAAUUUUGAGUUAAAAAGAUACUUACUUUUCCCUUUA